UGAAAAAAGAAUGAAAGAUUUAGUCGAAGAAAUGGGAAAACAAGACAUUAAUAAUUAUUUUGUUUUCAUAAUGUUGACUAUUCAUCUUUUAAAUGAGCACGUAUGUUCUUCUCUUCUGCCAUUUCUUUGCUAAAGAUUUCAGCAUUCGUUUUCUGUGAGAUUAGUGUGAUCCCAUAUUUGGGUUAGUCGCUGGUAAACAGGAAAGAUCCAUCAAAAGUGGAGGGAUUUUAAGAACAAUUUUCAAGGCAAUCUUGGAUCCUACAAGACUCCUUUUGGGCACAGAAACAAAAGGAAACAAAUCAACCCAGAAGACAUUAAUGGAAGUGAUGAACUAAGCUGCCUCAUCAGAUAGCAAAGUACAAGAAUUUUUGUUCGAGUUAUUUGUUUGCUAAGUUUUUCUUUUAUUACUUUCUUGUCUUUGGUUUGAGAAUUAUUUGCAAGAAGCUUUAAGGUUUAGGGUAUUAUGAACAUUAGCGACAAGCAACCAGCGAAGCUAAACGAUGAGCAAAUCGCUGAACUACGAGAAAUCUUUCGUUCUUUUGAUCGGAACAACGAUGGUAGCUUAACGCAGCUGGAACUUGGUUCGCUUUUGCGGUCCUUGGGCCUAAAACCAAGCCCUGACCAACUUGAAGCCUUAAUACAAAAGGCUGAUACAAAUAGUAAUGGUUUGGUGGAGUUCUCGGAAUUUGUGGCUCUGGUGGCCCCGGAGCUGCUCUCGGAGAAGUCACCGUACAGCGAGGAGCAACUGAAGCAGCUGUUUAAGAUGUUUGACAGGGAUGGUAAUGGUUUUAUUACUGCUGUUGAGUUGGCACAUUCCAUGGCGAAACUUGGACAUGCUCUGACGGUAGAGGAGUUGACAGGGAUGAUCAAGGAGGCCGAUACGGAUGGGGACGGGAGGAUCAGUUUUGAGGAGUUCUCACAGGCGAUUACUUCCGCUGCUUUUGAUAAUUCUUGGGCUUGAAGGCAUAUAAAACAAAAAUUUUCUACGAUUUUAUGUGUAUUCUAAGAAUUUUCUUGGAGCAGAGAGAGAGAGGCCAUGUGAGGAAUGUUAUAAUAAGUAGAUGACUUUCUAUAGCGCAAGACCUGAGUUUUCCCAUUGUUCCUUGAUGCAAUUUUAACAUUGAUCCUCUUGAUCGUCUAUGCGUUCAUAAUUGAAAUAUCUGUGUUGCAUAUUGGCAUCAAGUCAUCAACCUGGCGUAAUCUUUUUAAGCAUCGAAUUUGAAUCAGACAAAUACUAAUUGUUUCAAUGGAUCAGAGAUUAAACUAUGUUCUUGUUAAA